AUGAACACCUGGAUUCAUGGAUGGAAAAGAAAAGGCUGGAAGACUUCAACUGGAUCUGAUGUUCUUAAUAGGGACGUACUAACGAAAAUUGAUAAUUUGAGACAGAAAUUGAAAGUUAAAUUUGUACAUGUUCGUGGUCAUGCUGGAAUAGACGGAAACGAAAAAGCUGAUGAAUUGGCAAGAAAAGGAGCACAAAUGUAUUAG